GAAUUGUUGUAGCAAGAUAUACAUAAGGUACAUGGGAAGCAGCCAUCGUUUGGCCCCGGUUGGCAAUGAAUAAAAUGUUUCGCAUGGAGUGCAACAGACACCAUUUUUCGGAGCAAUGGAUUCACGCGUCGCCUUGGUCUUGGUACUCGUGCUCGCAUUGCCUUUCGGUUACGAUGGCCAAAAUGUAUUGCCGCUUCGACGGGAUCCAUUGGCAACCCGUGAAAAUAAACAUUGGAAUAAUUUUAUUUAUGGCCACAUUCAGCAGCCGGGCCGCGGGAUCGGAAGUUUCAAUGGAAUGAAUAUGAUAUCAAGCUACCCCCGGGCCACACACAGCACGACAAAGCAUGCAAGUGUAUGUUGGACAAACGAGCUUUAUCGGAUCACGCCCAAACUGAAAGCUGCGAAUCGGUUCACGGUGCAGCUUGUGUAGUUUUCAGAUACUAUAACAGAUAAUCGCCGAAAAUGGAAGCAGCGUUUCAGACAAAUGGAGAG